CUCUCUCUGAUGCCAGGCGGGGUUUUCAAUCCCCAAAGGAGAGCGGUCGUCCUCAGCGAACGGGGAAACCCACCCUCGCUCAAACGCCCAGUGGCGGAGGGGACGGGAGCGCGCGCGCACGCACACACAUACACACACACUUGCACACGCACACGCACACACACACACACACACGCUGGUUCUUCCACUUAGCAGCACACAUUUACCUUCCACCCCUCGGGAACCGCAAUUUUCUCACUCCCUCCGCCGCGAUUUCUCCUAAGCUGCCCAAAUGCUGACGGAGGGGACCCGGUAGUGUCCGCCGUCCGCAGACAUUCGCACAACGAGUCCAGCCUUGACACGCGUGGUGUAAUCACCUGGCAAAUUUCCCGCGUGUUGCCCAGGCGUGAUGGGGACCCUUGCGGAGGGCUGGGGUCACCGAUUUCGGGUUCCGGGAGGCUCUGAAGCCUGCGGUUUCAAGGGAUAACAAAAAAAGAGAAGGCGGGAGGAGGGAGGAAAGCCGCAAUGCCUGUUGCUUGGACGGGGAGCGUGGCGGAUUCUGAAGACGCCCCUUCCACCCAUUCGCCUUGUUUCUUCGCCCCUUGGGCUGCAGGUCUCCGGAGGACCGAGGAAAUCGGUGGCUGGAGGCAAAAGGCGACAGCAGGGAUUCUGGGCUCCAGCCUUCUCAGUGAUGACCUUCCUCCUUUCGGACAGCUUAUCCCUGCAUAUCUGGACCAUCCCCUCCUACCUGUAAAAACAUGGCUCUUCAGGAAGGCAUUUGGAGAUGAAUAGCACUCCCUAAGUCAUAUUCUCCAAGACUUCCUAAGAAACAGAGAAAGUACUGGAAGGAACAGAUGACAGAGUGGAUACACUAUUACCGGGUGCCCCAAUAUGCCUUUUCUGGACUGGUUCCUCUACCACUCAGUUGCCAUGUGGCUCCUCCUCCAGAGUUUUGUUCUGAUGGCCUUUUGUUUCCACUCAGCCACCACUUUUCCCAAGGGGUGUUACCCCUCCACUGAAGAUGGCUUCAAAACUUUCCGCUGCAGUAAAGCUCAACUUAUAGUUAUCCCAAAAGAUAUACCAAAUGAUACCAACAAGUUAUACUUGGAUUAUAACCAGAUUUCUUUCCUGCCCAAUGACGCCUUCCAACAUUUGCCACUUCUAGUAGAACUAGACUUGUCCCACAAUGUCAUAAGUCGCAUGGAAGUUGGAGUCUUUAAGGGCUUGUCAGAGAACCUGCAUUCACUGGACUUGUCUUCUAACAAGCUAGUGUCAGUCAAUAAAGAUGUCUUCAGUUCACUAAAAGCCAAAGCCAACUUGUCCAACAAUCCUUGGCUCUGUGACUGCACACUCCAGCAGCUCAUUGAGAGAGUAGAGCUGGUGGCUGGUACCUCUGAUGGGAUUGUGUGUGAUGCCUCUGCACGGAAAGAGCAUAUUGGCAAGCCUUUUCUGCAGUUGAUUGGAGACAUAGAUUUCUGCAACAUCUAUAAAAAGACCACAGACAUCGCCAUGUUGGUCACCAUGUUCGGCUGGUUCGCCAUGGUGAUCUCAUAUUUAAUCUACUAUGUCCGGCAGAAUCAAGAGGAUGCCCGGCGACACUUAGAGUAUCUCAAGUCCUUGCCCAGUAAGCAGAAGAAGUCAGAAGAGUCAUCUACAAUUAGCACUGUAGUGUGACCAAAAUGAAUAACCCUUUCACCCUUACAAAUCCCCAGAAAACCAUUGUCCAUUGGAGUAGAUAGGUUUUACAUCUACUUCUGGUAGAUCUUGUCUGCUAGAUGCUUGAAUGCACAAAGGCUGAAGAGACUGUUAUUAAACAAAGAAUGAAAUUUUUAAAAGACUUAAGGAGGUAAGGCCUUGCUUAUAUAAAAGGCCUCUCUUUCAUUCCUGAGCAAUGAAAAAACACAAGUAAUCAUAAAUCAUAGCCAUGGUUGAAUUCAUUGGCACAAUCAAUGUAUGGAAUAGUGCCAUGUUAUGUAUCGGUUAUUUCUCAGUCCUGCAAUAGAGGCACCAUCACAGUCAGACUUUGCAACACCUCCUAGCUCUCAACUUGUACUAGUCCAUGGAGGAAGUUCUCAUCCUAUAAUGUUCCAAGGAUGCCAAGAAUUGGAAGUGAGAUGAUUGUUGUUUUCUUUUGUUGUCACAAGGAUUUUGCUGCAGCCCCAAAUUAGUGGAGUCAAGAGUAAACUUCCCCAGCCUGGCUCCCAUUAAUUGUGUUGGGCUUUUAGGAGUUGUCCUAUGCAAUUCUAGGUUUUGGGAAGGCAGAAUAAUAAUAAUAAUUAAGUACUAGAAGACAUGCAAGCCUGUUAUUCAUGUGCAAAUUAUCCCAAAUUCAUAUUCUUUUCUUUGAACACACACGUUGAUAAUCACUGCUGAGUUCUCUCUCCAAUGCUUCACAUCAAAAACUUUUUUAUUUUUUUAAAUAUAUUUUACUGAUUUUACAAUCACAAUCCCUAGUGCCUAGUGACCAGCUGUUGUCUUGGUUCAUAUAUUAAAAAAUCAGUAAUAACUAACAGUCAAUAAUGAUUAAUUUUAUAAUUCCAUAAUUAGUGUAUUAAUUAGUAGUAUAUUUCUUUGAUCUUCCCUUAUUCCGAUAGUAUUCUUCUUCAUCAACAGAAUAAUUCUUAAUAUUUUCAAUGCAUAAAUGAUUAAAUAUAGGCAUUUUUUCAUGUUUGAACAAAUAAUAAUGUCCAUAUAUGACAUUUUUUCUAAUCAACUUGUAUUUAUAUAUAACCCUUAUUAGUUCAUCAUGCAUCCUAUUUUCAUAAUUCUUAUUUAUGCUUAGUUUCCCCUUAAUAUUCAAACCAUUUUUAUCAGUCAUAAUUUUCUCAAUACUGAUUAUCUAAAUAUCCAAACUUUCCAUUUACAUAUACCAUCCCAAUAUUUUCAUAUUUCAUGUGUUAUAAUAUCUAUAUAUAACAUCUUUUUUGAUCGGCUUAUAUUUCACUUAUAUUUGUAAAAGUUAUCUUGUUAAGUCACUAUAUAUCCUGUUUUCAAAAAUUUUGUUUAAGCUUAAUUUCCCCUCAGUAUUUUGGUCAUUCCUCAGUCCUAGUUCUCUUCAAAUUAAUUACUUUAAAAUUUUAAACUUUUCAUUUACAUAUAUCAUCCCAAUAUUUUUACAUUUCAUAUAUUGUAAAAAAUACUAUACUAGUUAUAUCUCUUAUCCCUCUUAGUACAGAGCCCCUUUAUAUCCAAAAUUAUUGGUUCUUUUAACCAUAUUCAAACAGGUUUUUGUUCAUGUAGUAUUCCAUCUGGUUAAAAUUUUUUAAAAACAAAUAUUUUUCUUAUUUGCAGGAAUCUAUUAGUACAUUAAGUAAAAAGGGAGGGAUAGAAAGAAGGGUCAAUGUUCUGAAGUUUUAAGCCAUUACCAUUUUUACUGCUCUUGUAAGAUUCUUAUGGGGCCUGUUUAGAAAUGGAAAAUUCCAACUGAAAUGUUGCAGCAAAAAUUCAGAAAAGGACACAAAGAAAACAUUCAUAAUCACCUUGAUUCGAAGAAAGCAGGAACAGCAGAAGCUGCAGGCAAGGCAUCUGCUUCUGCAGCCAGAUCAGCUAGCUAUAAAGGUAUGUACACAGCUACUUUGUGUGUAGGGGAAGAGGUAGUACAUGAUUUCACCUGCUUCAAAAUUUCUCUAUUCAGCACAUGGUUUGGUGAAGUCUUGUCCUAGGUAAGCAGCCUUUUCUGCAGCUGUGUGUUAUAAAAAAAUGGUAUCUGCUGUGCUGUGACUUCACUUGAUCAGUGUGUGAUUAUGCUUUUCACUCAUUUUCUUUCUAGUUACAAAUAGUUGCAUUAUGACACCAGGGAUACAGGACUUCAAAAAGCCUAACAGUUGAGAGCUUUGAUCAUUCUGAUGAAAUAACUUAGACAAAUAAUAAUUAUUACACAGAAAUCAUCAGCCAAUAGCCAACAUUAUUUAGCAGGGCACAUAUAAGCAACGUAUGUCACAUGACCAAGAAAUGUAUAGCAGUUGUCAUUUUUUUUCUUUUCUCAAGGGGAACACUGCACACUUUCUUUGGCUAAACUCUCUGGACUUAAAAAAAGUGGAAAUUCAAACAUGUCAAUAGUUUUUAAAAUGGGUCAUUUUUUUAAAUAUACAGUAAUCUGUAGCAAUAGCUGGAUAUCCAUUUUGCUGGAAUGCUUCACUUCUACUCAUGAAUAUGGACUUACGGAUCACUUAUAUAAAUAUUUGGAUAAGUAGUCAAACAUGAACUGCAAGAUACAUCUACACUAUAUGUAAGGUAUAGAAUAGAAUAAUGAGGGUUGUGUUCUUCGAUACCUUUUAAAAAAAACAGUUCUAGAAUCAAAUUCGAAAAUAACUUAGUGGGUUUCCAAAAGAGCAUUGCUUUCUUUUCAUUUGUCAGAACCAGAAAUAUGAAUCUGUAAAACAGAGGAAAAGAGGGGGAAGCCAUUCACAUCUUGCAUUUUGUUAUUUUUUCCCUCCUAGAAAUGGUCUGCUUGUGUGAAUAAGAAACCAACAAUGGAGCAAUGAUAUAAAAAAAUGUUUUUAUAACAGCUUUCCUCAAGCCAGCAUUUUCUGGACGUGUCAGAUCCAACCCCCAGCAGUCUCAAUAUGUAGCAGGAUUGGGGAUAUUAAGAAAUGCAGUCUUACAUACUUGGUGCUUGCCAGGACUGUGGCUCAUACUGGGACUCUAAUACAGUUGUGAUGAAAUUCAUCCUCCAUGGUCAGCAUUGUUAAAAUAGGGCCACUAGCAGUAUUGCUGGCCCUUGAAGCCUAUCUAUUCUUCCUACUAUUUUCAUGAAUGUAAGCCAGAUAUUCUCAGAUCUCAGCUGUGAUAACUUCCAUAUCUCCAGUUAUUUGAAAUGUGGUGGGAAUUGACAUGGUUGAGAUCCCCACAUUGUGCUACUUCCAUAUGGUAAGUAGAUUCUUUAUGGGAAACAAAAUUACCCUAACACUUGCAAUGGCUCCAGCUAAGACAUAAUGUCAGUAGAAAAUGUAAUCAAAUCUGAUGCCUCCUGCUACCCAGUUUUGCAUCACCUUUAUAUAUACCAAUGUGCCAUUUUGAAGGGUUGCUUUGUCAAGACUUCCCCAAAUACUGGAAGAAGGAGGACUUUAGGGAAGUAUGCUAGGUUUGGGAGACUGUUUUUAUUUACUCUGGAUAUUGAGGUUCUUAUUAUUGGAGAUGGAGCCGUAGGCAACAAAACCAUCUGUGUGGCAUAUCAUUCAAAACUGCCAUUAUGACCUGGAGGUCCACCUGUAUUCCUCAUGUGCCUACCUGGUUUGUACUUGAGGGAAUUCUGCCCUGCCAGGUUACUAGACCAUCUUACACUCUGCUCUGGCCCAUGAGGGUAAGAGGUAGAGAUUGCAUCGACCUGCCAUACUCUCAAGUGCCCUUUAUUGAGAGGUUGCCUCCUCAAGAGCUUUAUGGUCUGGUUUUUCAGGGCAGAGCUUUUUGUGGGUGGACAUUUUUUUUUUUGCAAGUCCUACCUACUUUGUAACAAAAUUCUUCCCUUGAUUUUCAAGAGGUUCUGUCUUGUUUCCUUACCAAUAAAAGCCAAAACGCCUUCAUUGGAAAAAAGAGACUGUGCUGCUGUUGUGUACCAUCAAACAGAAGGGGCACUGGUCACCAGAUGUUUGUGUGAGGAUCCAGAUGAGAGCUGACCUGCUACUGUGACCAAAUAUUGAGGAAACGCAGGUUGAGAAGAAUGUACACACUCUCUUUCUCCGUUGAUAAGCAGCCUUACGCCUUGAGCUUUUCAAACUUAGUACCUCUUCUCUACAUUCCCAGUAUGCAGUUGGACUCCUCUAAUGGGAUGCUGGUAGUUUACAACGACCUGCGCACAAAGAAAACCUUAACAAAUGAGAAUGCUCACUGAAAACCUUUACACAUGCACAAAAUGGAGAAAACAAAGAAGUUAUGUAAUAAUCAAAAUAUUUCCUGUUUCCCUUCCCCAACAAUGUUACUUAUUUAAUUUUCUUUUCCCAUGAAAAAAGAUAAAUAAACAAUAAUUAAGCAGGAUGUAUUGGAUGGUGCCAUGAUGUUCUUGUGUCUCUGGAAAGAGGUCCUUGUUUUCACACUUCUGAACUGAUCAGGGGUGGGUUUCUGCAGUGGGCAAAUAGAUUGAUAGAUGAUAGAUGGAUGGAUGGAUAGAUAUAGAUUUUGUAGUGCUCUUAGAUAUAACCACAUAUCAA